UGAGGCUCUUCCAGUUACCCCUUGAGGAGUCCAUACUGAACGGGAAUUUGGCAAAGCACCCAGCUCAGGCAUGAGCAGUUCCUGUGUGACACUGGCCGAGGUCCUGUGGGCAAAAGGAAGCUCUCUGGAGGAAGAAGAAAUAUGGGCACUCCUGCACCUGUCCACAAGGCAGCUUCUGGAGGAUCUUCACAGAGACCCUGCCAUCUGUGUGAUUUGCCCAUGGUCAGUACUACUGUCUGCUGAAGGAAAUUUGUUUUUCCAAAACAAUGCAUCUCAGACAGAAGCUGCCCCUUUCAGUGCACCAGAAUUGCUCCACCGCCCAAGUAAAAACCAGCACUUUGGACUAACAAAGAUGCUGGUGUAUUCCUUAGGAAUGACCCUCUAUUGGUCAGCAGAUUACCAGGUUCCUCCAAACCAGUCCCUCCAGCUGAGUGACCAACUACAUACACUCUUGCUGACACUGUGUGAAGAUCUGCCACACAGAAGACUUUCUCUGGAAUCCAUUCUGGAAGCAUGUGAAGCACAUCAGAAGGAAUCUGCUUCCUUACCAGCAAAAUUCUACAUAAAGAGAAUGGUUCAGUUUGCAGUGGGAAGUGUCAGUGAGACAGAGCAGGUGGUCACUGAAGACAGCACAGCCUCCCAGCUCAACAGAAGUCAUGUGAUAAGGAAAAGACUGCAUGAAAAAAUAUCCGACACCUCAACACUGGCAUCCCAGAUGAAUUUCCGCCAAGACAAAGGGCCCAGAUUAAUGAACUAUAGUCAGUCAACAGAAGAUUACAGACAACUGUCUGUGGAUUAUAGUGACUCUAAUAGUAUUUCUGAAAGUACAUCUUUGAUACUGUCUAACCGAGGACACCGGAGAGGAAGAGUUCCAGAGACACACAGAUCAUGUGACACCACACUUAGUGGAUCAAGGACAGAAAGCAGCUACAAGCUCUUCAUAAACAGGUCGGUGAGCGCUGUAGAAGAAAUCCCGGCUGGAACUCAGAGGAACGGCCGACAGAACCUGCUGAGCUUGGGCUCCACCUUCUCCGUGUCCACAAAGGACUACUCAGCAGCUGCUGCAUCACAGAAAUGCUUCUUCCACAGGAAGGAAAAGUUUUCAGGUCCAGAAUUUGUUAUUUUGUCUAGUGAGCCACCAGUGACCUUACAGCUGCCUGGAUCAAUUGUGACUAAAAAAGGGAAAUCCUAUUUGUCCCAAAGGGAUCUCAAUGUGAUUCUACUCAAUGGGCAGUGCCUUGAGGUGCAAUGUGACAUCAAGACCAAGGCAAGAGAUGUUUUCAACACUGUGGUGGCAUAUGCAAACUUGGUGGAACAUUUCUACUUUGGCUUGGCUUACCUGAAAGGUAAAGAAUUCUUCUUUUUGGAUGAGGACACCAAACUCUACAAAGUGGCCCCAGAUGGCUGGAAUGACCAACCCAAGAAGAAAAUGUCCAUCAUUAAUUUCACUCUCUUUAUAAGGAUAAAAUUCUUUGUCAACCACUUUAAUGUUAUUCAGCAUGGCUUGACAAGGCAUCAGUUUUACCUGCAGCUUCGUAAAGAUAUUUUGGAGGAGCGAUUAUAUUGCAGUGAUGAGACUGCCCUGAAACUCGGCGCUUUGGCUUUACAGGCAGAGCUUGGCAAUUAUGCUUCUGAGAUGCAUGGGAAGAGCUAUUUUCGUGUUGAAGACUACGUCCCAGCCAGUCGAAUAGAGAAAAUGACCCUGGCAUACGUACAGCGAGAGCUUGCUAAAUUACAUCGCAUGAAUCGCUCCCUUUUUGAGGAUGAAGCAGAACUGGAGUUUUUAAAGGUGACUCAGCAGCUUCCUGAAUAUGGAGUGUUAUUCUAUCGUGUGUCCCAAGAGAAGAAAGGGACAGAAGGGGACAUCAUCCUGGGAAUCUGUGCCAAAGGCAUCAUCGUCUAUGAGAACAAAAAUCACACCAGAAUCGCCAGUUUAAGAUUUCAGUGGCGUGAAACAGAGAGAAUUUCAGCUCACAGAAAAAAAUUCAUGAUUGAAAGCAGUUUCAGUGGUAAGAAACACACCUUCAUUACUGAUACAGCAAAGACAUGUAAAUACCUACUGGACCUCUGCUCUGCCCAGCACAAAUUCAAUGCACAGAUGAAUUCUAGGCAACUUCGUCAAACCUCAUCAGAGGACAGUAAAUUUGUGGAAAUAGACAAAUCGAAUUCUGCAUAUGCAGCUCAGCAUGAACACCUUGCCCUUAUUCAGAGACUGUCUCGCUCAGAGAAUGUGCUCUAUGGAGCAAACCUGGAAAACCUUUCUGCUGGGAUGAUGAGCAAAUCUUGUGAUAACCUCAGUGUGGAAACCAACAAUAGGACUAGACACAAAAGCAAUCUUGGCAGGUCUCUAUCAGGGCUAUCCCAGUCAGAAAUGCACAUUAAUUUGAAUGGAAAGCAAAGGAGUUAUGAUUUUCUCUCUAUCCAUUCAACUCAGAACACCAUCAGUGCACCUGGAUCACCAGCCACCCAAAAGGAAGUUUUGCUAAGUGGUCUAGAAAGAGAAAUCAUAUGUGUCAGCCUAAAACGUGACCCUAAGAAUGGAUUUGGUUUUGUAAUUAUUGGAGGAGAAAAUGUAGGAAAAUUAGACCUCGGUAUCUUUAUCGCUUCAAUUAUCCCUGGGGGACCUGCAGACAGAGCUGGAAAUAUCAAACCAGGAGGACGACUCAUCUCUGUGAAUAAUAUCAGUCUGGAGGGUGUUUCAUUUAAUACUGCAGUUAAAAUCAUACAGAACUCUCCUGAUGAAGUGGAGCUUAUCAUCUCUCAACCCAAAGACAUGUAUGAAGAAGGAUUAAAUGAAGAAAAGAAUCUAUCAAGAGGAAACAGCACUAGUGGAUCUGAGAUCUCUUGUGUAGACAGUGGGAGAAAAAAGAUUCAGGAUUGUCAUACAGCUCUCCCCAAAGAACAGGACACAAAUACAGAACUUGAGAAGACUCUCCCUUGGAAUUUAGCAUCAAAAUUGGGCCCUAGGAUUCCAGUUCCUUCAGCUAAUAGCCUGGAUAUAGAGGCAGUUGAUUCUUCCCACUUACCAUCUCCAUCAGAAACCAACUCAAAGGAAGUCUACACGGUGGAGCUUCUUAAAGAAGAUGGGACUUUUGGAAUCAGUGUGACUGGUGGAAUUAACACCAGUGUGCGUCAUGGUGGGAUAUAUGUGAAGUCAAUCAUUCCCAGGGGACCAGCAGAUAAGGAUGGACAAAUAAAGAUAGGUGAUCGUCUGCUGGAAGUAGAUGGCAUCAGCCUCUGUGGCAUCACGCACAAACAGGCUGUGGAACACCUUAAGAAAUCUGGCCAGAUUGCCAGACUGGUUUUAGAAAGGGGAAACUACCAAUUGGCAGAGCCUUGUCUGACUGCUAAUGACAGAAAGGAGGACCAAUGUGCAGUUGUUUCUGUGGCAACAUCCCUCACAGAUGGCACCAAGGACUGCUGCUUUUUGACAGAUGGUAAGCGAUUUGAAGUGAAAUUAACCAAGAAUUCUGGAGGCCUUGGAUUUAGUGUUCUGCAGAUGGAAGGAGAUGCUUGUGAACACCUUGGAGGAGCUAUUGUCAGGAUCAAAAGACUGUUUCCAGGGCAGCCAGCUGAAGAGAAUGGAGAAAUUGAAGUUGGAGAUGUCAUUUUAGCUGUGAAUGGGAAACCUCUCAAAGGGCUCCUGUAUCAGGAUGUCCUGCACUUGUUAAGAGGAGCUCCUCGAGAAGUUACGCUGCUACUUUGCAGACCACCAAAAGGUGUUCUUCCAGAAAUAGAGCCGAUUGCCCUGACUCCAGCACCAUCUCCAAUUAAGGACUUUGUGGCAGAAAUGCCAGGCAGCACAGGGGCAGGAAACAGCAUGGAUCAAUCUACCAGUGAUGGAAGUAGCACCUCUCCAGACCUCGAAGACUGCCUUGAUUCUCCAGUGGGAGAAGAUUUCAGUGAGCCUCCGGAGGAUGACAGCUCAGCUUACGAAGAGCAGGAAGCUGAGUUUCAAGAGAAACCCAUUCAGAAACUCCCAACUUCCAGAGAAAGUUUCUAUAAGCAUCUUUGGAAGAUUCAUCAAGAAGCUUCCAGUUCUGAAAUCUUCCACUCUCUAGAGGAGGAAGUGAAGCAGAACUGCUACUCACCGUGUGAGUUUGGGCAGGCCAAAAGCCACAUAUUUAAUAAGAGUCAUGAUGACCUAUUGAACACAAAAUGUAUGCCUGAAACUCUCUCUCUAACCCCUAUUGAUGAAGAGUAUCUCACUGUCAGCUCAAUGUCUGUGACCUCCCUUCCACGAGGAGGAAGCUCCAAGACAGUCUCUGCAACCCCACAGCCACGUGAUUGUGGUCCCUCAUCACCAUCCCUGCCUGCCAGAGAGGCACAUGACAGUGACAAUGAAUGGGAAGACUUGGAGGAACCCGAGGAAGAGAAGGAAGAAAAUGAAGAGUGUAUUCAGGAAAUGGAGAUCUUUGUGACUUUGACAAAGUCAGAGAACAAUGGUUAUGGAUUCUCUGUAGUUCUUAACAAAAUGGACACCUGCCUGUAUGUUGAUGAAAUCUUGAAUGAUCCUGCCCUUUCUGAUGGAAGAUUGAGAAGGGGAGACAGAAUCAUUAUGGUGAAUGGAAUUGAUGUAACAUCUUUGCCAUGCAAUGAAGUCCUGACUUUACUGCAAAGCUCUCCUCCAGAUCUGCACCUUGUGGUUGGCCGUGCUGACACUGACCCACGUCCCUCAGUUAGGCCAGAUGAGAUUCCUGAAAUUACUCUCACAAAGGGUGCUGAUGGACAGCUAGGCUUGAAGCUGACAGGAGGAGCUGGAAGCAUGUUACAAGGUAUUUAUGUGCUAGACAUAGUGCCUGGCUCUCCUGCCAGUGUGGAAGGCAGUUUGCAGCCACGAGAUCAGAUUGUUUACAUCUGUGGACUGUGCACUGAGGGCAUUAGCCUGGAUGAUGCAGUGAGAGUGUGUGAAGCUGCCACCCAGAAUGUUCAAAUCAAAGCCACAAGGCCCCAGCAUAGCAAGCACAUGGACCUGUUGGAACAAUUUAAAGGGGAGGCCAUGAAGAUGGUCACAGGGCUGGAGCACCUGAGCACAGGGCUCUCCUUUGAAGACAGGCUGGGAGAGUUGGAGUUGUUCGGCCUGGACAAGAGAUGA